AUGUAUCUCCGAGACGUCCACGCCGAGAAACACAUCCCUACCUUGUAUCAAUUUAUCAAGGAAAACCCACUUGGUCUCCUGAUAACGGCCCUCGAUUCAAAGACCUUCCAGUUCCUCCAGUCCAGUCACAUUCCAUGGGUCUUGGACACCCCUGAAGAUGACAAAACGAAACUCGGCACUCUUCGCGGCCACAUAGCACGAGCAAACCCACAAGCAAAGUCAUUCACCGAAGUUGCGAAAGAGGCACGAGAAGGCCAGAACAACGCGGACGGUUCACAUUCCCUUACUCGAGACGUUCUCGUCACUUUCAAUGGCCCAGCUCAUCAUUAUGUCACGCCCAAAUUCUACACCGAGACCAAGCCAGCGAGUGGAAAAGUGGUACCUACCUGGAAUUACUCGGCUGUCCAAGUUUACGGUCGCGCAACCAUCUUCUACGACACGAAAGCCGAGUCUACCCACACCUUCCUCAACAAGCAGAUUCGUGACCUGACGAACCACAAUGAAGUCGAAAUAAUGGGUAACAAGGAGAAGCCCUGGGUAGUCGAGGAUGCGCCAGAGUCUUACGUUGAAAUAUUAAAGAAGGCUAUUCUUGGUAUACAAAUCGAGAUCUCAGACAUUGGAGGCAAGUGGAAGAUGAGUCAAGAAUUGCCUGAGGGAGAUCAGCAGGGCGUCAUCAACGGAUUUGCGAAGCUGGAUACUGAGCUUGGAAAGGACAUGUCGGAGACGGUGAAGGCAAGAUGCACAAAGAAGGAAGCGAAGGCUCAUGUAGUCCGAGAUUAG